AAUUCCAAUGUUUUCUCUAUGGUUAAAAUAAAUGUUAAGUCAGUGUUGAUAGUGUUUAUCUUAGAUGAAAACAGCCAUCAAAAGUAUGACAUUACCAUCAGAUUAAAGAUACUGGUUACCUUGAAGUGGAUGAAAAAUACAUCUCAAGCCCUUGUUAAAGUAUGUAUAUUGACAUGACAGUGAAAGUGUUUACAGCACUAAACUGACAAAUUCCAAGAAAGUUAACUUUAAGACAUUCUAUGUAAUGUGUUGAGAUAUUUGUGAAGCAUAUUGAUAUCAUUGGAUAGUAACUUGAAUAUUUGUGGAAAUAUUUCUUGUCAAAUUUUCAAAAUGGGGAAAAUGAAGAAGGAAUCUGUGACAUCUUCACCUCCUGUUAAAAAGGAUAUAGAUAAACUACAAAGUGAACUAGAUGAAAUAAAUCGAACAUUAAAAUUUAUUCAGGCUGUCGCAAAUCAAGACAAACCUAAGAUGUUGCCACCAACCGCAACACACGUUCUAGAAACAGUUCUUGAUGUUUUUACUGUUUUAAAUAAUAUAUUAGCUACUGAAGAAAGUACUGCAUUGGUAUCUGGUAGAAGUAAGGUAUGUCAGUGUCUAGCAAGAUUUGUUCGAUGGUCAGAUAAUAUUUUGGUUAAAACAGACAAGGAAUCAAAUAAACAGAAUGCCUCAGAAGUUAUUACAGCUUUAUCAGAUGGCAUCAAGGAUUUAACACAUCUAUGUAUAGAGAAAUUAGAACGUAGAAAGAAUAGUUUACCGGUUAAAUCAUCAGGAUCUCUUUCACCUGGUGGUAAUGAAAGCUUACAAAGAGCUUCUUUACCAGAAAUUCCUCUGACACCCAGGGAGCGUCAGAUUCUUGCCAAAACAAGUGAUAACGGACUUUAUGAAAAUACAAGUAUAGCACAUUCUCAUGACAGUCUGGAGAAUCAAGCUAUAUUUAGCUUUGAUACAGAGGAUAGUCCGCCACCUAAACCUCCGUUACCGCAAAAUGUUGAUGGUUUAAUAACCAGAUUGUCAAGAAAUGGAAUGGAUGAUGAACCUCCACCAUUGCCAGAAAAAGAAAAACGCCAGUCAAUGUCCAGUCUUAGUACUCCUACUCAUUCUCCAAGGGGCAGUUUACUAUGUAGUCCCUCCACGGAACAUUCUUUCAACAGUGCUAUGGUAUUAAGUCCAUCGCCACGUAGUUCCUCACCAAUGGGGUAUUCUCCAGCCAGUAGCGUGAGCUCAGGGCUCAACCAAUCGACAGAAGAGCUACAUAUUACUGGAAAUCGAAGUUUUUCUAAAUCUAGUACAAUGCAUGUUUCUCAAACGUCAAACAUGUCUUCUAACGUGAUGAUGUCAUCAUCGAAAAGUUCUAGCACUGUGGCAGACAUUAAUAAAUUAACUCUUAAAAUAAACAAACUGACGACAAACAUUGAUUCAGUGCCACCACCUAUACCAAAUAAAACGCGAAUAAAUAGGUUGCUUUCUACGUACGACAAUGUUCCAUUUGAUGGAACGGCUAUUCAAGUGUGUACUAGUGUUAGCUCUGUGUCCUCAUCUAGAACUAUCGUUAAUCGAAUAUCCACAUCUUCGUGUGGAAGUACUCAAUCCUCGCAUUCUACCCAGUCAGCGUCUCAGUCAGUACAAUCUCAUGUACAGACACAACAAAAGUCAAGCAGUUCUGCUUCAUUCUCAACAGAUCGAACAAGCUCCACAGAGACAUAUUCCAGCUCCGAGACAUUCUCUUCGGCAACUAGUCAUUCUAGUUUAGAGAGUUUACAGAAAGGGGGACAACCCCCACCACUUCCUCCAAAGUUAAAGCACGUUAAUAAUUUUGCAGUCCAUGCCUACAUGCAAAUGGUGGGAUCAUACACUCAGCCGUCUGCCUUGGAGACCAUUUCCCGCCACUCCAUCAAUUUCUACGAAAGUCAGUGGCAUCAACACCAGUUGGAGCUGUUUCAGUACCCACGAUCCAACACGAUCAGUGUGAUAUCAGAUAUUUCUAACUUUAGUUCUGAUACAUCAUUCAGCAGUGGAUCACCUGAUCGUUUUCUAGGAUUACCGGCUUUACCAAUUAAAACUAAAAAGUAUUUAAAUCGUCAGAGUCAAGGUUCCAUUGUAUCAAGUUUAUCAGAUACAUCAGCCAAUGAUUUAAGAGAUAAAACAACAAGUUUAGUUGAGGCGUCUGCUACUGACCCAGCAGUACAUGUAACUGAUAUAGAUUUAAAGAGGGCAUCUGCACCUGCUGAUAUGAAUGUUCAAUCAAUAUUACCGGAACCAUUAGAAGAAUCCAAAUCAGAUUCUGAUAUACAGAAAGACACAGAUUCAGCAUUUGGUGAACCGAAACCUUUAGAUGACAUAGAUGUUUCAGAUCAACUGAUUCGUAAAAAGGAGGGAGAAGAUGGUCCAGCAAUUAGAGGUGGUAUGGUUGAUGCUCUGGUUGUUCAUGCUACAGCUGCUGGUAAAUCAGGCUCCGUGGGAGACUUACAUGUAAAUGAAGAAGAAUUUAUCUAUCAAGAAGCGUUUUUGACGACAUAUCGUACAUUUAUAACACCAAAAGAACUGAUAGAGAAAUUGUUAUACAGAUUUUAUAAGUUUCAACAUGCUGCCGAUAAUAAAGUACGAUUGGCUAAAAACGCUUUUUCUCUUCUCAUUAGAGUUAUUGAUGAAUUGGGAGUUAUGGAACUGGAUGAUGAGAUAAUAAAAAGACUGAUGGAUCUAGUCUAUGAAUUAUUAUGUCAAAAUGACUUGGUUUUAGCUAGGAUUUUGCGUCGGAAAGCCUUAGAGAAAUGUGAACAUCGUGAUACAAUACAGGAGGCUGUACAUUUUGGUGGUCCUAUAUCACAAAAUGUCACACUCAGUUCCACGCCAGUUGUUGAUUUGUUGAGUUUUAAGUCACAUGACAUAGCUGAACAGAUGACAUUAAUGGAUGCUGAAUUAUUUCAGAAAAUUGAGAUACCUGAAGUGUUAUUAUGGGCUAAAGAACAAUCAGAGGAAUUGAGUCCAAAUUUAACUUUUUUCACAGAACAUUUUAACAAUAUGUCAUACUGGUGUAGAACACGAAUAUUGGAACAAAAUGACCCAAAAGAACGGGAAAAAUACUUAAUGAAAUUUAUCAAAAUUAUGAGGCAUUUACGUAAACUGAGUAAUUUUAAUUCAUACCUAGCUGUAUUAUCAGCUUUAGAUUCAGCUCCUGUUAGACGAUUAGAAUGGCAGAAACAAAACUUAGAGGCAUUGAAAGAGUUCUGUUUAUUGAUUGAUAGUUCUUCAUCAUUUCGAGCAUACAGACUGGCAUUAUCUGAAACAGAACCACCCUGUAUACCUUAUCUAGGGUUAAUUCUACAAGAUUUGACGUUUAUAAAUAUUGGCAAUCAGAAUCUACUACCGGAUGGAAGCAUCAAUUUCGCCAAGAGGUGGCAGUUAUUUAAUAUAUUAGAUAGUAUGAGACGCUUUAAGAAAUGUAACUACGACAUCAAGAGAAAGGAUGCUAUUUUGAAUUAUUUAAGUAAUUUUAAAGAUCAUGACAACGAGGAAACAUUGUGGCAAAGAUCUGAGAAAAUCAAACCUCGUGGUGUACGAAAACGUGUGGAAGUUGAUUUAUAGGUUGCUCGAAUUCGGACUUCUAUUUUCAAAUCGGUGACCACUCCAUCACAUUUGUGUAGCUCUGUGACAAAAUGUUUUGAGAAAUAUAUGAGAUGCCAUAAUUAAUAGAAAAUAUAGACACAGUAAAAUUUGAUACUAUCACAGAUGACUUCCUUCAAUUUCCAUUUGAAUGUAAGUCUCCAGUUGUGACGUAAGAUGAGUUUUUGAAAUUAGUAAUCAAAGAAGAUUACAUGGUUAUGGGAGAUGUGAACAAAUUUUUAAAUGUAGACUUGAGACUACUUUUAUUUCAUGUAUUUGUGCAAUUAUGGUGUGUUACUGAUUUAUAUAACAUUGCAUCAUUUAAUAUGAGUAACUACAUGGAGAUAUUGACUCAAGAGACAUUUUACAAGUCUUUUUGUGCUGUGAAUGACAAUUGAUUGUGCAAAUGUUAACUAUAAACUGAAACAAAUUGCUUGACUAUAGUAUAUUCAGUAGUGAAGCAAUCUAUGUGAUGAUACUGACUUAUAAUUCAUCAUUUCGUUAAAAGACUGCUACGCUUAAUACAAAAAAUUGUGUUUCAUGUAUAUCUAUUUGUGGUGAUUGUGUACAUGUAUUUAUUUAUUCAACAGAAUAUCUAUGUAUUAGAAAUUACAAUUUGUUUGGUGAUACUGAUAUUAUAAAAAACGAUCACUCAUAAUCAAUAUCCUAUAUCUAAUGAAUAACCAGCUUAAGAGAUGUCUUAAAAGUAUGUAAUAUAAGGAUACCUUUUGUGGUUGUAAUCUAAUAAUAAUAAUAAUAAUAAUACACAUAAUAAUAUGGUUGAUUUCAUUAUUAAGACAUAAAAAAAAAUAUUCUGGUUCUCAGAUACUGCUGCAAUGAAAAUCAUAAGUGAUACUGGAUAAUGGUAAUUGACUAGUUAUCUUAAAAUGGUGACCAUAAAUUCAACUCCUUAAUUUUUAAAAUUAUUUUUUAAUCCUAUUCUUUCACUGAUGAUAAUUAUCUUGCGAACUACUACAUCUAGUUUGAGAAAGAGAUGACUGAAAUGAUACUCCAUGGAGAUGGGAAGGAGCAGCAUUCACAUUAGAACUAUAAAAUCUGUGCUUUGAUCUGUAGACUGUGAAGAAAACUAUUUGUAUUGAAUUUAGCUAUCUUAGAUAUUUACCACAAGAAUUAUUAAUUAUAUAAGUGAAUUCCUAAAACAGCAUGAGUAAACUGAUAAUGAGAUGAGUUAUUUAACAACAUAUCUUUGACAUAAUAAAAACACAAAAAUAAAAUCCUUCCUUCAACAUUAGAUCAUUUUGAACUUGAAGGAUAUUCUAAGAACCAGAAUAUUUUUUUUGUAUGGCAUAAAACUAUAUAACCACAAAAAUAGAUGGCAGCAAUCAUACUGAUAACCAUCUUGACAUAAUAUGGUACAUAAAAGCGAUUUUGUUUAAUUUGUAUAUUAUUAUGAAGUGAAGAUGCCAAUAUAUAUUAUAAUGGCCAACAGAUCUGCUAUGAGUGAUAUCCUGGCAAAAGAUAUAUGAAGGGAUCACCACCAUUUGUAUACAAAACACCUUAGUUCUAAUUGUCUAAUUUAGUCACUGGUGUCUUCUUACCUUCUCUGUCAGAUUCACAUCUAAUGACUGUCAUUUGAUUUGAUAUUGAUAUUCAAAUCUUUAGUGCUGAAAUUCCCCCAUGUCAAAAACUUCAUUUGUUAAUAUACAUCACACUGUUAUUGUUAUUAAGGUUUUACAUAUACAAACUACUUGUAUUUAUUUACAAAAUAAAUUUUUAUGAAUUGUCGAAAAAUUAAAGAGACAAUUAUGUCAAGUCUGUAAUUGUUUAUAAAUACGGAUAAACAUUUGAGGGGUAUAAUAUACAGCUCUUCAUAUGGCCAUAAUUAAUUUUUAUUAUUUUAUCUUUUAAGUAAUUAAUUGUGGCAUAAUUUAAAUUUGAAUUUAGUUAUUGUUAAAGCUGUAGUAAAACUAUAAUACUUUAUCAAAUCAUUUUACAUAAUACUUUGUACCAAUUUGUUUACAGAAUGCUACAGAAGUAGGAAUGUGUUUAUAUGAUAGCUUUAAGGAUUCAGGAUUCCUAAUAAAACCUUACCUCAUAAUACUAUCAUAAAACAAAUAACGAAUUUGCAUAAUAUCGCUUUUAAUCUAUAAUGUCCAGACAAAAAGGUAAAGAAACUUAACUUUUUGUUUCUGUCCCUUAAUCACAAAUUGUCAUAAUUUUUUUUAUGAAUUUCUUUUUGAUUUUUAAGACACAUAUUAUUGUACAUACAACUGAAUCAUGACAUAAGUUCUCAUUUAAUUAUGAUCUUUAACAAAAUGAACAUGCUUAUUUUAAACUUAAGAUGUAAUUGUUGAAUGAUGAAUUUUUAAUAAUUGUACAUAGAAUAUGAAUGUAUGUUUUUAGUUUGAGUAUUGUAAAUAAUUCCCUCAUAGGUUUUGAUUUAAGGAUUGAUGAUUCUGAGGUUGCUUAUGAUGAUUAAGGUGUCCUGCAUUUUUUAAUAUUAUGUAUAAAUCAAAGAUAUACUGUGCAAGGAUGUGGUUAGAUUAUUAAAUUUGGUGUAGAUGAAUUAGAUUUGAGUUAAACAUAAUUUUCACACAUCUAACGUGCAAUCAAGUACCAAUAUUUACUAGAAGCAUUGUUAAAAUUUUAAAAUAAAGUAUAAUAUAAAAAUAUAAAACUUAGAAAUCUGUUUAUAUACUGAGGAUGAAUAGAAACUAUACCAAAAUAUUUUAAACAUUAGCCAAGGUGCAAUAUUAUUUUCUACGGCAUUGCUAAGGUGAAAUGCUUGCAUUUUUUAGAACAACAUAAAUCAGAACAAACAUCCUGAAAGUGUUAUCAACGCUAUGUGCAUGUUGGUGUAUUUUCUUUUGAUCGUCAAUUUAUAUUUUCAAAAGUUACUACAUGCUAUUCACUAAAAUUCAGUACAUAAUUAAGGCCACUGGCCCUCUGGUUUGGUUAUUUAAAGUCAUGCAUUAUUAUGAUUCUUGCAGUUGAGAUGCUUCAUAAGUAGUGCUCAUCUAUGUAUAUUUAGGAUCCAUAAUUAUGUAUUACAUGUAUAUUUAAAUAAUUAAGCCAGAUUUUAGAUAGACAAUUCAGACGUGUAAUUGUUCUUUAUAUUGUGCAGUGUAAUCAAUAUUUAUUAAUUACAAUAGUGGACAUAAGAAUAAUAAAUUAGUCACAUUGUUUGCAUCACCAAGCAUGUGUUUAAUCAAAUAUCUAUAGAAUAUUACAUCAUGGACAAGUUAUAUAUACAUAUUUUACUUAGAUAUGAAAUUUAGAUAUCAGUAAAUUAGAAACCACAUAGUAAUUAACGGUUAUUACAUUGGAAUACAUAUACACACAGUAGAAUAUCAAUAACCUUCAUAAUAUAUAAUAUUAUAUGUUCUUCUAUGAUACAUGUGAUUUAUGUUUAUGCCAUGAAAUAUAAUAUUUAGAAUGUGUAUUGUGUACCAGUAUGUAAGAAUGAAAUUGUAUUGUAUAUAUUCCUAAUCUUAAUUUAUAGCUGUAUUGUUAUUAUUGUAUUAUCUAUUGAAUGCUAUAGCCAAUCAAAAUAUGACAAAGCAUACUGGGAUUAAUAUUCUCUUAUUGUGCAUUUUAUCAUGACUUGUCCCUCUCUUAUUUAUUUAGGGUUGUAAAUGCAUUGCUUUCCUUAUGUAGUAAAUACCACAGGCGCCUGUAAUGUGGAGAAUAUCUAAAAAAUAACAUUAAGCUAGCUAGCUUUGACUAAGUAUAUUUCGAAAGUCUGUUACAUCCAUGUUCGUAAGCAAGAUUAUCAAAUAACUGGUCUGAUUCCAAUUUCUAACUCAGGAGCAAAUAACUUGUCUGAAGUCGAUUCUCUGUCAGUAGAUAUAAUAAUACCAAGGUGAGAAACGUGUUGGAAUUAAGUAAUUGGGAUCAAAGUUCGCUACUCUAGAUUCCGUCAACCAGUGGCAAUACUCACCAGUUUUCGCUAGGUAGACAAUCGAGUCUACGAUGACGUUUAAAAAUUGUCGACGUGACUUAAAGAGGGUUUUUUAAAAAUAUUUUCCACGUUACAGACGCCUGUGGUAAAUACUUGCUAAAUUUUCUUCUGCUGGAGACUUUGGCCAACUGACAAAACCAAUGCAGGUUUAUACAACAACAAUAUUGUCAUAUUGUGGCUUGAUAAAUGCAGGAGCAUUUAAACUGUUUUCAUACUGAAGUACUAUUUUAAUAUUUGUAUUUGUCAAAAAAUAAAAAUGACCGGUUGCA